CGUAGCCACGGAGACCACAAGCUGUCGGAGGGCAGAAUGUCCCGUAACAAUAAUGGAGAAGAUAAGGAGACGCGAAGGCCGCUUCUCAGCGGGAAUCAGCUGGAUCCAACCGAGCCGGACUCUGAUGAAGGUGAGGUGAUUUUCGACAGAAGGUCAUCAGCCAUCUCCGAUGAAUCUGGAGGGAGCACAACAAAAAGACUCACUUAUGAGGAGGCGGUUGAAGAAGCAGGUUUUGGUCUGUUCCACUGGCUCCUGCUGGCCGUGUGCGGCUGGGCCAACGCCAGCGACGCCGUGGAGAUCCUCUGCGUGUCUUUUCUGCUGCCGACGGCGCGCUGCGAUCUGCUGCUGAGCUCCUCGGACAUGGGCCUGCUCACCGCCAGCAUUUUCCUCGGAAUGAUGGUUGGCGGCUACAUGUGGGGAUACCUGGCUGACAAAAGGGGGCGCCGUAAGGUGUUGGUGGUGUCGCUGACCGUAAAUGGGCUGUUCGGAGGGCUGGCCAGCGCAGCUCCGUGGUUCUGGCUCUUCCUGCUGCUGCGGUUCAUCAGUGGCAUCGGGGUGGGUGGUUCCAUCCCCGUCAUCUUUUCCUACUUCUCAGAGUUCAUGCCCCGGCUGAGGAGAGGAGCCAUGAUCAGCGCUCUGGCCACCUUCUGGAUGGCAGGAAACAUCCUGGCUGCAGGUCUGGCCUGGCUAGUGAUUCCCAGAACCUGGGCCCGUUUCUCUCUGGGAACGUUAGACUUCCAGAGCUGGAGACUGUUUGUGGUGCUAUGCUCGGUUCCCAGCAUCUCCUCCGCCGUCCUCUUCAAGCUGCUCAUGCCCGAGAGCCCAAAGUUCCUCAUGGAGGCGGGUCGGGCAGAAGAGGCAAUCCGUGUCUUCAGGCUGAUGUUUGAGAUGAACAUGAAGGGAACAGAAAAGGCUUUUCCGGAAUUUGCUUUGCGUACAAACUCCAAGCCAGGAGGGGAAUUCAGAGAGAUCGAAUCUGGCGAUCCAAAGAGAAAACAUCUCAUGAGUGUUUUGAAAGAGGGCUUGCUUCCCAUCAAACAGAUGUUCAGCGGCUCUAUCAAAGCCCGCAGUAUCGUUCUGCUUAUCAUCUUCUACUGCAUCUCGUUUGGGUACUAUGGGCUGUGGAUGUGGUUCCCAGAGCUUUUCGCUCGAGUUGAGAGCAGCGGCGGCUCUCCCUGCGCCAACGUCUCUGUGCCGUCUGCGCUCAACAACCAAAGCUGUUACCCGGUCAAGACAGCAGUCUACAUGGAGGGCUUCAUCAUUGCUGCGUCGAACCUGCCAGGCAAUAUCUUCACCAUCCUCAUCAUGGACAGCACUGGCGGAAAGACCCUGCUGUCCUGCAGCCUGAUCGUGUCCAGUCUGAGCGUCUUCCUCAUCUACGUGGUCCAGACCAAAGUCCAGAGUCUGGGUCUGUCCUGCAUCUUUAGCGGGGUCUCUGUGAUCGCCUGGAACGCUCUGGACGUGGUGGGAACCGAGCUCUACCCGACCCAGCUACGGUCCUCGGCCUUGGGUUUUUUCACUGGAGUGGGCCGAGUGGCGGCCAUCAUGGGGAACGUGGCCUUCGGGAAGCUGGUGGACUCCAGCUGCACCGUUCCCAUCAUGCUGGUGUCGGCUCUGCUGCUGACAGGAGGCCUGGUGGCUCUUCUGCUCCCACAAACCAGGCAGACGGAGCUCACCUGAUCGCUGACUUUGGUUUUUAGAAACUCAAACAAAGCUCUUAAAGUUCUCCAGACCCAAACGAAUCUGGUGUGUCUGUUGCCUUCAGACAAUUCUCUGUGCCUUUUAUAUUCGGGCUCAUUUGCCAAAAAGCAAGAGAAACUAUGUGAUAUGUGGUGAGCUCCUGAGAGUAGAGACCCACCAAUCAGAGUUCUGCUGCAGAUAUAAAUAGACUUAUGCUGGUUUACUCAGCUGACAGUCUUUACUGUUGUUAUUUUGUGAACCAGAAUAGUUUGGUGACCUCUGCCCUGUGGUGCCGUACAUUUCCAAAUCCAGAUUGUUCCAGAAUUGAUAGAAGUUUAUAGCUCAACAGGAUGGUAAUGUUGGUGUUCUCUACUCAGCCUUCCUGUUAUCUUCGAAAAGUUUUGCUCUCUUCCCUUCUCUCAACCUAGAGGAGCCAAAGAAACCAAGUUCUUUUUAAACAGAUUCCUACUUUAUUUGAAUUUGUUUUACUGGUGCUGAAAAAUAGCUUUUAGUUUUAUUCACAUGGAAACAACUUCCACACCAGAGAGAGCUGCUGUUGCUGUUGCUGAUCGGAAAUAAAAAUCUGAUUUUUGAGCUGCCAACUGGCUGGUCUCCAGUUGGUGACCCAAUGAAGCUGAAAUUUGUGCAUAAUUUUAUAUACAAACACCAACUUUUGAAGAUGAUUCAGGGAUUACAUAUGUGUUUGUUUUUGUCACUUAAACAUUGUAAAGAAUGUAUGAUUAGUUUACGUGUCACUUUUGUGGUUUUUAGGGGAAUAUUCCACAUUGAUGUUUUACUACAGCAUUCUUUGAAUGUAACAUGGAGCUAGAAAGUUGCAUGUUACACAAGCUGGUUGUUAUUAAAUGUCAGAGCCUUGCUAAUUUACAAGAUGCCUCUUAUUAACGUUCAGUGAAGUAACCAAAACAAUCCUGUUGCUGUUAGACUUUUAAAGUGCUCUUUUAUAAAUCUAUGUAUAUGUAUUUAUGUCUAUGCAGUUGAAUUCACUAAGUGUCUUUUGUUGAACAAAAUCAAAUGAAGAGAAAUACAUUAAUAUAAAUAAUCGUUGAGUUAACGUCAAGCAGUUUGAUCUGACAAUACAAUAUCAGAUCCAUUAUUCUCCAAAAUUGCUCUUUUUUUAAAACUGAUAUGUAAAUAAUUUGAUUAGAGAUGAUUGAAAUACUGAUUUAAUUGGUAAACAUUUUGUUCAACUUAUUAAACCAGAUGUGCUGGAAGAAGUCAGUUUCAACAACAGUUGCCACUGUGAGGCAGCGUUUCUUUCAGCUUUCAAUGUUCUCCAAUGACAAUCACUUACUACAUUCCAAAAAUAAAAGUACACUGACUGAAA